UCACAGAAAAACUGGAAAGCAUUCAUAGUGAUUCUAAAUUCACAGAUAUUAUAACUCCAGAAUCACAAAGGAAGAUUUGAAAUAUAGAUUGUUUACUAACAACAAUAAUCACCCAGGCAUAGAAUAUACUACAAAUAAAGGCCAAGCUCAUCCCUUUAAAUUAUAUAAGAACAAUGUUAUGCGGUUUCAAUAGAGGGUUGAAAAAUGGUUGGAGUUUGUGUGUUUUUAUUAAGACUUGUCACCAGUAUGUAUUGUUUGUUACAUACAUUUCAAGUCUUUAGUGAAAACAGUGGUAGUGCCAGAAUCAACUACGUGCCAAGAAUCCAACUUGAUUUUACAAGUCGACUUAUAAAGUACUGUUGUAAACAACUUAGAUCAGACAGUUAUUAGUCAGUAUACUGCAGUCCAUUGAAAUGCAAAUUGCAAAUUCCUAAUCCUGGCUAACUCACUUUUGCAUUGCUUAAUAACAACUCAUGUAAAGUUUGUUCAAAUGAAGCAUGUUGUUUUAAUUUGGAAUUUUUGGACACUGACAUUGAAUGGCUCAUUUCUUGUACUUUCACUCCUGAGUUUGAUUUAUUUUCAAAUAUGCGUUUGAUGGUUUGUUUCUUGUAAGUUGAUAUGCCUCAACCAAGAAGCAUUUGAAGCAGCACUUUCUGUCUUCCCGAUACUGAGAGGAGUAAUAACCGAAAAAUGCCCUCGGAAGAAUGAACUUUUCCCCUGGAACAUAUGAGUACCAUGGUAUCACAUUGCUUAGUUGAACACAAUGUUUAUCUAACUACUAUAUUUUAUUUACGUUUAGUUAAAUAUCUAAUAGUUUUACCCAUUUAAAAAGCAGGAUAAUUUACUGUACUAAUUAUGGACAUGAAUCAGCAUCAGUAAUGUCCCGUCUGAGACUGAUCCAUAAAUCUCUAGUCAUAAUCAAUGUGGUUUACCUCUACCAUACUCAGGACUGUCACGUUUUAACUUGGAAAGUCACUAUGUACAAAUUUUAAGGAAAUAAUUUGCUUUUGGUCAAUAUUUUGAAUGAGUAGAUUUAUUUAACUACACAUAAUAACAAGAAUUAGAACAGGGUGUGUACAUCGAUCCCCGAAGCGAGACACGGGGCGGUGUGUGUUGUGAAGCACACUGAUGUAGCUGCUGUAUUUCAUUAAUAAAGUAAAUUGGUGUCAUCAUACCCGUUAUAAUACUUGCAGUCUACUGACUUACCAUCACGUGAUGGACUUAUAGAAAACCUGCCUACAAUAACUGUUUAUUAGCAGGUAGUGAAAAGUAGUUUUGAACUUUAACAAGAAUGCAUAUCAUGUGCUUUUAGUUUAAGAGCAUUUUAAUGCAGCGAAUCAGUUCGAUCGGUUUGUGUCUGCAAUGGUAUAAACAAAAGUAAGUGGAAGAAUUUCGUGCGUAAAUGGCCAUCAUUCCAAUAGUCUGCUCUUCUCAGAAAUGUACUGAUAAGGAGGCUUGUAAAGUCUAUUAUAACAGGCCCUUUGACCGCAUUUGUAAGGAGUCUAAGCGUUUUCCUGUCCACGCCGGAGCGGAGCCCCUUGGCGGCGCCCCGCCUCGCCUUCCUGCCGCGGCGAUGCAGCUACGCACAUCUGUCCAUGCAGCCCAGGCGCUAUGGAUAAAUCGCUCACUCCGGCGCUGUUUUGUGAAAUGAAGUGUGAUUUUUUUUUUGUACUGUUUUGAGAUGAACAUUUCUUUUUUCGGCAUUUUUCGGUCUCCGUUUUUGCUUACUCUUCUUUUUCGAUACUAUGGUUAAAGACUCAAUGUAUUGCAAUUUGUCUGCUGGAUUCGAUUAAACUAUUGAUACUCGCUUCUUCGCAACUUGUCAGUCCUAUGUGGAUAUUUACUCAGUCAUGGGAGACUCGGUAUUCUUCGAAAAGCACAUUACUUACCUUGGUGACUUCACGUGGAGCAGCCUGUCUGGUCGGACUGUUCCUCUACAGGCCAUGCCCAUCCAGAGCCUCUCGGAGCUGGAGCGGGUCAGACUGCAGGAAGUGGCCUUCAGCCGCCUCAGCCAGGACUACGACAUGGGCUGCCAGAUCACUAUCCCAAAAGAUGGGCACAAACGCAAGAAGUCACUGCGGAGAAAGCUGGAUUCACUGGCAAAAGAGAAGAACAAAGAUAAAGAGUUUGUGCCACAGGCUUUCGGCAUGCCGCUGUCACAGGUGAUCGCCAAUGACCGCACACACAAGCAGCGGCAGGACAGCCACAAGGAUGAGCACCGUGACGUCAGCGACCUGGUGUCCUCCAUCCUGCAGUUUGCCACCAAGCGACCUAACAAAGAGCUGUCCAGCAGCAACUCAUCUGUUAGUUCUUCUUCAGAGACACCUAAUGAGUCCACCUCACCCAACACUCCCGAGGCUGCACCGCGGGCUCGCAGGCGGGGCGCGAUGUCUGUGGAUUCCAUCACCGAUCUGGAUGACAGUCAAUCCCGCCUCCUGGAGGCCCUGCAGCUUUCGCUGCCGGCCGAGGGGCCCAGCAGGAAGGAGAAGCAUCGUGACAAGAAACUCAGCCUGAACCCCAUCUACAGGCAGGUGCCGCGGCUGGUGGACAGCUGUUGUCAGCAUCUGGAAAAAUACGGUCUCCAAACUGUUGGAAUUUUCCGGGUUGGAAGUUCUAAGAAAAGAGUGAGGCAGCUGCGAGAGGAGUUUGACCGGGGCAUGGAUGUUCUUCUUGACGAGGAGCACAGCAUACAUGAUGUUGCAGCUCUGCUGAAAGAGUUCCUGAGGGACAUGCCUGAUCCCCUGCUGACCAAAGAGCUGUACACUGCCUUCAUCAACACCAUGUUGCUGGACCCUGAGGAGCAGCAGAGUGCCCUGCAGCUCCUCAUCUACCUGUUGCCUCCCUGUAACUGUGACACCCUCCACCGGCUCCUGCACUUCCUGUCCACAGUGGCUGCACAUGCGGAUGACAUGCAUGACAAAGAUGGACAGGAGAUAACUGGGAACAAGAUGACAUCGCUGAACUUGGCCACCAUCUUUGGACCUAACCUCCUGCACAAGCAGAAGAGCUCUGACAAAGAAUUUUCUGUGCAGAGUUCUGCGCGAGCAGAGGAGAGCACAGCCAUCAUUGCCGUAGUCCAGAGGAUGAUUGCCACUUAUGAAAUUCUCUUCAUGGUUCCUCCAGACCUACAGAAUGAGGUUCUGAUGAGCCUUUUGGAGACAGACCCUGAUGUGGUUGACUACCUCCUCCGCAGGAAGGCCUCGCAGUGGUCUCACCCAGAGCCUUUCUCCCUGAGUGAGAGGCUCUCAUCCAGCGAUUCCAACAAGGCCUCCAGUGGCGAGGUGUCCCCGUACGACAAUAAUUCGCCAGUGCUGGCUGAGUGCCCACUCACCCAGCAUCAGGGAGAAGAGAGCCCCAGCCCAGAGCAGCUCUUCCCGACCCAAAAGCAGUGCCCAGCGCAGCUGGCCUUCAAGGCCCCAUCCAAGAAAGCUGGUCUGGCUCAGUGGGACAUCAAGGGGUUACAUGGGAACAUCUCACUCGAGCAGCUCGACAAUCGUCAGGACAAUGUAAAACAAACUGUCCUGCAGACACAGGCUGUGUUGGGAUUGCCUCAGUGCAGGCCACACCUUCCAGAUCAGUGCAGGCCACACCUUCUAGAUCAGUGCAGGCCACACCUUCCAGAUCAGUGCAGGCCACACCCUCCAGUGAUGCCGAUGUGCAGCAGCCCACAAGACACGCCAGGAUGCCAGCCGCUGCCUGGCCAGUCAGCAGCCACUCUGCCGGACGGCCAGUCAGUGUGCAGCUGCAUGGAGGGACUGCCAACCAGAAGCCACAAGGGCUGUGAUCUUCACAGAUCCACUGUACAGCAACCUGGGUCUUCUUCCCCAUGUGGGAGUGGGAGCCCUGCCCCCUCCAGGGCAUCUCCCCAGCACUCUGCUCCAGCCCUGGAGGCUAAUGGACCAGCUGGGACCGAAUGGCAGCACUGGCAGAGAGAAAGGUGGCAAAUCUGGCAGCUGUUAUCUUCGGACAAUGCAGACACUCUGCCAGAGACGCUUGUCUAGUGCCAGCUCAGCUGCCGAGGUGCUGAGCAAACAGCGCCCCCUUCUGUCCAUAUUAUGUAUGUGCUGCUGCUGUCAACAAGUGCGAAUGUAUGUUUGUCUGCCUGUGUGUUACUCUGAAUUGAUUUCUUUUUUCACCAUUUUUGUUCAAUGGGUGUAUUUUGUUCAAUGGGUGUAUGCAUUGUGUUUUUGAGACACCUCAGGCAAGCCACAAGAGAAGAUGUGGAUGUUAUAUGAACAGACUUAAAUUUAAAUACAAAAGCAUACCUAUUUAAUUACUGGGCUGUAAAAUGAAUAUCUGUUCCAUAACUGUAAGUGACCAUAUAUGAUUGGGUAACAAGUUAGCAUGGAAUAGCUUUAAAGAUUAGGAUGAAGAUGCCAUCCAAUCCAUGGCUUGUAAGUCUGAAACAUAAUAAUUAAUCACAUUAAUUAUUAUUAUUUCAUUAUUUUUGGUUGAUUCAUUUACUAAUGUUUAUAUUAAGGAACUAACAUCCGCUUUUGUGAGUGCUUGUGUUAUUUCAUUUCAGUUUGCUUUAAAAUACUAAUUUCAUUUAAAUGAAAGUCAGUUAUUUUCAUAAAGUUCCAAGAAGUGUUGUUUAUUAUUAUUAUUUUUGUAUUUUGUAAUGCUGAAUGUACAUGUAAGGUUCUCAUAGUAUUUGAACUAAUUGAGAUCUUUCUGUUUUUAUACAGACUUUCAGAAAUGCUUUUUUAUACAUUGUCCACAUAUAGCCAUUGAAGCAUGCUUUGUUUUUCUAAAUACCAAAUGCCCACACAAUUUAUGUGCCAAAUUAACAUAUUUCUGAAGAGUAUUUAUUUAGACUAACUUUGACAAAGCAAGUAUUUUAAUUCUAUGUCUUAUUUUACCACCUAUAUUUUUCAUAUUUCCUAAGGAAACGGCAUUCGUAUUUUUUUUUUCAUGAUUUAUGAUUUUUGAAUCCUUAUCAUUUGGAAAACCAGAUUAUGUCCGGUUAUAUUUAUGAUCUUCAUCUAUGUUCAAUGGCUGUUGUAUUCUCUUUGUAUUUAUGUCAUAUUCAUGUUUAUGUUUUACCAACAAUAAUAAAAAAUCCUCUGGAAUAAUUUCCUUAUAUGUAAACAAGCAAACAAAGAAAGGCAUUUCAGCGUGCUUUGAAGAUAUUGGAGAUCCUGUUUGGUUUUAAUGAGAAGUUUGAGAGCAGUAUAUUUUAACACGUGUUCUAGAAAAGUGAAUGUCUACAGGAAAGCCCACUUUAGGUUACAUGGGUUUCCAAAGUACUCACUGUGUGAAUAAUUACAUUCCCUAAUAAUUUCUCCGUUGUGUUUGCUUGUCUGUUUUUUAGGUGUCAAUGCUGUUGGUUUUGGUGACUUUGCAGUUCUGUUGGAGAUCUCGCUGUACGUUGAUGUUCUCCCUGCACCUUAGUCUGUCCCCAGGGGUUCUCUUCAGUGCAGCAUUUCAUGAUAUUUUAUCAGUCUUUGGUACUUUGUCUGUGAAGGUUUAUAUAGCAGUGCAUUAUUUUGGGAAUGCCAUUUUCUCCAUGAUAUCAUGCUUGAUCUCGUUUUCCUAUACAGCAGAUUUUUUCACUGCUUCUGCAUAAACAUUUUACAGUAUGUGCUUUAAAAUUAUUCACAUUAAGGCAUGUAUGGUUCAGUAGUCAGAAAUCAUCUAUACAUCCGUAAAAAUAUGAAUGUGACUAAAAGGGUUUCUUUUUAAACGUAAUGAAAUAGGAACUAAAUGAAUUAUUGGUCGUUUAGGAAUCUGCCAUUUUACUCACGACCAUGUUGAUCCAAUACCGUUCCUGCUGAUAUACUUUGUCUACUUUUGCAGGUCAUAACACCUUUGCUUUGACUUACUGUAUUUGCUUUUUCACAAAGUAAAUAUAACUUGUGGAUAUCUCAA